CCCCGCCCUGCUGACUGCGCUGAUCCCGGCUCUGAGCUGCCCUUGAUCCUCUGAUCCACCUCAGGCCUUGGGAACCCCAAAUGAUCUGUCCAAGGACCUGGGGUCUCCUGCAGCUGAGGCCGCCAGAGCCUUCAGCCCACCACCCUCGGGUGGGGAGAGUCAAGGGAACCCCAAGUUUGGUGCAACCCCAGGACCAACAGCCAAGGCAGGGCAAGGGCUGGCUGCCCAGGAGGGAGGCCCAGAGCCCAGCAAUGCUGGCUGUGGCCAUGCAGGGUCAGCCUGUGGCCCUGAGCUUGGCCGAGAAGGCAGUGUGCAAAGUGGUAUAUGGAGCCCCCCGCCCCCGCCCACUACUGCUGCCGGUGGGCCUGGAGCUGUGGCUGUACAUGCAGAAGAUGCGUAACCUGCAGAGGACAAGGAUGGAGGCCUCAUGCCUGGAGCUGGCCCUGGAGGGCGAGCGUCUAUGCAAGUCUGGGGACUUCAAGGCAGGUGUGGCCUUCUUCGAGGCUGCUGUGCAGGUGGGCACUGAGGAUCUGAAGACGCUGAGUGCCAUCUACAGCCAGCUGGGCAAUGCCUACUUCUACCUGAAGGAGUACGCCCGCGCCCUGGAGUACCACAAGCACGACCUACUGCUGGCCCGGACCAUCGGUGACCGCAUGGGGGAGGCCAAGGCCAGUGGGAACCUGGGCAACACACUCAAGGUCCUGGGCCGCUUUGAUGAGGCUGUUGUCUGCUGCCAGCGGCACCUGGACAUUGCCCAGGAGCAGGGGGACAAGAUUGGGGAGGCGAGGGCGCUCUACAACAUUGGGAAUGUAUACCACGCCAAGGGCAAGCAGCUGUCCUGGAACACCGCACAGGACCCCGGGCACCUGCCACCCGAUGUUCGAGAGACGCUGCGCAGGGCCUCCGAGUUUUACGAGAGGAACCUGUCCCUGGUGAAGGAGCUGGGCGACCGAGCGGCCCAGGGCAGGGCCUACGGCAACCUGGGCAAUACCCACUACCUGCUGGGGAGCUUCGUGGAGGCCACGACCUUCCACAAGGAGCGCCUGGCCAUUGCUAAGGAAUUUGGAGACAAGGCAGCGGAGCGGAGGGCCUACAGCAACCUGGGGAAUGCCCACAUCUUCCUGGGGCGCUUCGAUGUGGCUGCCGAGUACUACAAGAAGACGCUGCAGCUGUCCCGGCAGCUCAAGGACCAGGCGGUGGAGGCGCAGGCCUGCUACAGCCUGGGCAACACGUACACGCUGCUGCAGGACUACGAGCGCGCGGCCGAGUUCCACCUGCGGCACCUGCUCAUCGCCCAGGAGCUGGCCGACAGAGUGGGUGAAGGCCGGGCAUGCUGGAGUCUGGGGAAUGCCUACGUGUCCAUGGGGAGCCCGGCGCAGGCCCUGACCUUCGCCAAGAAGCACUUGGAGAUCUCCCAGGAGAUUGGGGACCGAAACGGGGAGCUCACGGCCCGCAUGAACGUGGCACAGUUGCAGCUGGCUCUGGGCCGGCUGACCAGCCCGGCGGCCGCAGAGAAGCCAGACCUGGCCGGCUACGAGGCUCAAGGGGCCAGGCCCAAGAGGACACAGAGGCUGAGUGCGGAGACCUGGGACCUGCUGAGGCUCCCCCUGGAGCGGGAGCAGAAUGGAGACAGCCAUCACUCUGGGGACUGGCGGGGGCAGGGCAGGGACGUGCUCCCCCUCCCCAUGAGGAGCAGGAAGUACCAGGAAGGGCCGGACGCUGCUGAGAGGAGGCCCCGGGAGGGCGGCCACUCCCCACUGGACAGCGCGGACGUCCGGGUGCAGGUGCCUCGCACGAGCAUCCCUCGGGCCCCGUCCUCCGACGAGGAGUGCUUCUUUGACCUGCUGAGCAAGUUCCAGAGCAGCCGCAUGGACGACCAGCGUUGUCCCCUGGAAGAGGGCCAGCCGGGGGCUGCUGAGGCCACAGCUGCCUCCACCCUGGAGGAGAGGAUUGCACAGCCCUCGCUGACAGCAUCCCCGCAGACGGAGGAGUUCUUUGACCUCAUCGCCAGCUCCCAGAGCCGCCGGCUGGAUGACCAGCGGGCCAGCGUGGGCAGCCUUCCGGGGCUGCGCAUCACCCACAACAACCUGGGGCACCUGCGCGGCGACGGGGACCCCCAGGAGCCAGGGGACGAGUUCUUCAACAUGCUCAUCAAGUGCCAGUCCUCCAGGAUCGAUGACCAGCGCUGCCCACCGCCCGACGGGCUGCCCCGCGGCCCCACCAUGCCCGACGAGGACUUCUUCAGCCUCAUCCAGAGGGUGCAGGCCAAGCGGAUGGACGAGCAGCGGGUGGACCUCGCCGGGAGCCCAGAGCAGGAGGCGGGCGGGCCAGCUGAGCCUCGGCAACAGUGCCAGCCUGGCACCAGCUAAGGUCUCUAACCCACAGCCAGGCCCGCCCCAACGCCGCUCCUGGAUGCCUGGGGAGUGGCUCACAAUUGUCCAGGAUGCCCAAGGUCCCUGAGAAGCUGAAUCUUUCCAAGGCCAUGGCUGAGGGCAGGCUCUGAGCCCCCCGCCCUUCCCACUGAGCCGGACAUGGGCACACUGCUCCCGCAGAGUUUCCCUCCCCAGGGAGGCGGGCUGGGGCCAGGGCUGCUAUGCGUGUAGAGGGCACUCUCUGUACUGGGCCUGCCCACAUGGUACACAGCUCCCUGCAGGCCUGCCCAGGCCAGCCCUGCCCUCACCUCUGCCCCUGGCCCAGGUGGGCCUUCAGCAUGUCGGCCCCAGACCCCGGUGCUGCCCAGACCUUCUGUGCCCUCUCCCUGCCCCCCACCACUCCAUUUUGCCCAGCCAAAUGUGAAAACCCUGCUGCCUCCCCCAUACCCCCUACGGUUCUCUGCAGCGUCGUCUCUGGGGGCCUCCCAGAGCUGGUCCCAGGAAGAUCAGACACAGACAUGUUCGCCCCAGUCCCAGCCUCUCACCCCAGGAGGGCCCCCUCCCGGCCCCUCUCCCUUCCCUCGUACCCAGGCUGGAGAAGGGGAAACCAGAAGGCCUCACAGGAAGCCCGCAGUGGAGGCAGGCUCACGUGCUCCCACAGAGUUCCUGGGCCUGGCGCUUGAGCUCCCAGCCCCAUGACGUCCUGAGCAGACAGGGGCCCAGAGGGGAAGGAGGGGGUAAGCAGUGACAUUCCUUGGCUCCAAGCUCUGAAUCCCAGCAACGGAUGGAGCCUGGUUCUAGGAGGAUCGGCCGACAGCCAGGUCUGCACACUGACUAUGCCAGCACGGGAGCCAUGGGGGUGGUGGGUCAGCAAAGCUGAGAGGGGCUUAACUCAUCCCCGGGCCCCCCAGUGAGCACCCAGCCCUUCCCCCCACCAUCUAGGGAUAUGUCCCUGCCUUCUCCCAUAUGUGUGGAGGGGGUCCAGUCCCAGAACACCCAAGUUGGCCCAUGGGACUGGGCAGGAGACAGGCCUCCUGGGAACUGUGGCCAUCAGUUCUCACCCACAUCCAUUCCUCAGCCAACCUGCAGCACCCCCUCAGCCUUGGGUUGAGCCUCAUUAUGGUCCCCAGGGCCCAGGACAGCACCUCCUCAUGUGAGGGUGCAACAGCCCCACCCCAGGCGUCUGCUCUCUGAGCACACAGCCUGGGAGCUCUGGGCGGAGGGUGCUGGAGGGCGACCUGAGCAGGGUGUGAUGAAAGGCAUGGGGACCCCUGAGGGCUGGCAGGUGUGGGGUCAGGCACCAGAGCACGGGCUUCUGCUCAGCUACCCGGUACUUGAAUGUACAUGUGUAUUUAUUGCCCUCAUGUGUUUGCCAUAUUGUCCAUGGGUCCUUUCCAACCGAAGAGGUACGUUUUUCUGUUUUAUUUUAAAAAUAAAGUCUGCCAAGUGAA